AAAAAUAGGCCAAAUAAUACCGCAAAAAAUAUAUUAAACAAGGUACGACUUCGAAAAUCCGUCUUGGCGAUGGAGGUAUGCAAAUCCCGUUAGAUGGUCACAUCGAACCGCGGCAACCCAGUACGACCACCGUCAGGAAAACAGUUCUUCGCAGCGGGUACCACCAAACAGGUGAAAUUUACCGUGUUCAGUGACUCUAUUUUUAACUUUUCGAUUUUGUUUUGCGAUACCUAUUAGCGCAAUUAUUGGUGAAACAUGAAGAUUUGGUUGACAGUUAUUGCGAUUAUCUGCAUCUACACAACACAGACAGCCUCCUACGACAACCGAAUAGAUGACGAACAUCCCCCUGAAGGGUACUAUGCUUUUGUCAAAGCCCCCAAUGCAGUUCCUCCGGAAGUACGACCUCCGCCGUACAGUUUCCCCAGCGUGGACUGCAUGGAGGACCGGGGUGGAGGUCCUCAAGCCUCCGUGUUUAAUUUGUGUGGAGACUUGAACAAGGGAAGCAUCCCUAGGAACCCUAUGGGUCAAAAUGUUUUGGGUGCGAGAUAUCCAUUCGCCUUAAUAAGGAACAUGACCUUAAAGUACCUGAGAAAGACACUGCCCAUUCUGAGAGCAGAUGAGACUCUCCCCAUAAUCACUCAAGUUGAACAGCAACCACAAGAGGAUGGAAUAGCACAAAACUCUCUCAAUCCAUACGAAAUCAACGACAGAAACUACAGAGCGAAACGCGCAACACCCUUCCAAAACAACACCAGCUCCACCACUUCAACAGGGAACCAAACAGAGACAGAAUCCUCACCCGCAAGCCAUUCGUCAAAUUCAUCAACUUCUUCAACAUCUUCAGAUCGAAAAGCGCGGAAAUUCUGCGAUCAAGGUGGAAUUUUCUGCUCUCUGUACAAGGUGAUUAAUGGAGACAGUGAUUCUUCAAAGUCCGGACCUGCUCAGCUGCCUUUGGAAAGAAGGGAUGAUAACGUAGCGAAGUACGAUGGGCCUCCCACCCCUUGCCCAGCAAAGGUUGAAUAUGCCACGCCUGUGUUCGCCAAGAACUACCAAGGGAUUUGGAGAUACGUGGUGCAGAUACCUUACGAAGGGUACUUUACUCAAACUGUUGAAGUUACAAGAUGCGUACAAUCAAGAUGUCACUACUUGGACGGUGGCUGUCUGUCGUCUCCUCGCUGGUCCAGUCUUCUGGUAGCAGAAAUUAACUAUCCAGACACCGUUUUGAGCGCCAACGACAUCAAGAACGUCCAAAGAAACCCAUUGUCCAGCUCUCAAGCACCACCAUUCCAAGAUUUCCAAGAUUACCACCAAUACCUUCAGAAAAGAACAGGCCUUCAACCUAAUCAGCCUGAAACGUCAUCAACCAAUAAGCCUACUUAUUGUGACGGGGUUGACGCUCUUGGGUGCUUCCAAGUCAGACUGUAUUACGAUUGGUUCCUUAUCCCUGGUUCAUGUAAAUGCUGGAGGCCAGACUAUUUUAAUAAGUACGUUAGAAGAAAAUCGCCGUCUGGAGAUCUUUAAAAAUUAAAACUUAGUAGUACUAAAACAGAUUUUGGUGUGUUGUGAUUUGGAUUUUUUAAUUUAUAUACUUUGAUUCGAGGAACUCGAACGCUUUAAUAACGAAUUUAUUUUAUGAUGGUUCCUCUGGAUCGAUGUGGAAAAUAUAAGACUACACUGCUUGACUAGAGAAAAUUAGAUUUAUUAGCAGCAGAAAAAUCUACUUUUCUUUUUAUUGCAGUAUAAUUUUUUUAAUCGAAAAUAGUAUUAAUUAAAUAGUUAGUAAAUGUAAUGUUAAGGAAGAUACUACCUUUAUAUUGUAUUUUGUUAAUUAUUUUAUAAAUAAAACGUUUUA